AUGGCUAGUGUCCAGCAAAAUGGGCAAAGGUUUGGAAUUACAGAACCUAUCUCCUUGGGAGGUCCAACAGAGCUUGAUGUGAUCAAGACACAAGAGCUCGAGAAGUACUUGCAAGAUGUUGGAUUGUACGAGGGUAAGGAGGAAGCUGUGAGAAGAGAGGAGGUUCUGGGGAAACUGGAUCAGGUUGUGAAAACAUGGAUAAAAACAGUCACCCGCGCCAAAGGGUUGAAUGAUCAGCUGCUUCAUGAGGCCAAUGCAAAGAUAUAUACUUUCGGUUCUUAUCGUCUAGGGGUACAUGGACCUGGCGCUGAUAUAGACACUUUAUGUGUGGGACCUAGUUAUGCAACUAGAAAAGAGGAUUUCUUUGGUGAGCUGCAAAGAAUGCUGUCGGAAAUGCCUGAAGUAACUGAACUGCACCCUGUGCCUGAUGCUCAUGUUCCAUUGAUGGGAUUCAAACUUAAUGGAGUUUCUAUAGAUCUCCUUUAUGCACAACUUCCGCUCUAUGUUAUACCUGAGGACUUGGAUAUAUUACAGGAUUCCAUUCUACAGAAUGCUGAUGAGCAAACUGUUCGAAGCCUUAACGGUUGUAGAGUUACUGACCAGAUCUUGCGUCUGGUUCCCAACAUUCAGAAUUUUAGGACGACUUUAAGAUGCAUGCGGUUUUGGGCCAAGCGACGUGGAGUAUACUCUAACGUCUCUGGAUUUCUUGGUGGUAUUAAUUGGGCAUUGCUUGUAGCUCGGAUAUGCCAACUUUAUCCUAACGCCCUCCCAAGUAUGUUAACGUCUCGGUUCUUCAGGGUGUACACUCAAUGGCGUUGGCCGAAUCCCGUCCUUCUUUGCUCUAUGGACGAAGGACCAUGCCUUGGUCUUCAAGUUUGGGAUCCUAGAAGAAACGUAAAAGACGUGACUCACAAGAUGCCCAUCAUUACUCCCGCUUAUCCUUGUAUGAAUUCCAGUUACAAUGUCUCUGCAAGUACAUUGCGGAUUAUGACAGGAGAGUUUCAGAGGGGCAAAGAUAUCUGUGAGGCUAUGGAAGCAAACAAAGCUGACUGGGAUACCCUUUUUGAGCCGUUUGCAUUCUUUGAAGCGUAUAAGAACUACCUUCAGAUCGACAUCACUGCUGCAAAUGUCGAUGAUCUAAGAAAAUGGAAAGGCUGGGUUGAGUCACGUCUCAGACAGCUUACACUGAAGAUUGAGAGAUACACUUAUGACAGGCUUCAAUGCCACCCUCAUCCACACGAUUUUCAAGACGCAUCACGACCACUCCAUUGCUCUUACUUCAUGGGCCUGCAACGUAAUCAAGGAGUUGCAGUCACUGAAGGCAAUGAAGGCGAGCCGUUCGAUAUCAGAAGAACCGUUGAUGAGUUUAAACGCACUGUUAACAAUUACACGUUCUGGAUUCGCGGGAUGGAGAUUAAUGUCAGCCAUAUAAAGCGAAGAAGCAUACCGAGCUUUGUGUUUCCUGGUGGAAUCAGACCUUCACAUGCCUCUAAAGGAACAUGGGACAGCAAACGCCGUUCAGAGCAUAGGGUUUCUUCUGCAGCAAGUGCAGCUACUACUACUACUACAACGAAUGAAGCGAGUUCUGAGAGUAAAGCUGGUUCUAACAGUCCAGGAGAUGGGAAGAAGAGAAAACGGGGAGGUGAUGAAGCACUCACAGAUCAGUUGAGAAGCUCUAAACACGUUGCUGUUUCAGUGCCUGUAGAGAACUGUGAAGGUGGGAGCCCAAAUCCAUCUGUUGGAUCCGUUUAUUCAAGUCCUAUGAGAGACUACUGUACAAACGGUAAAUCUGAUCCCAUGGUUAAGGAUCCACCAGAGAAUGUUGCUGUUUUCAGUAAGGGUCCACCGGCGAGCCCUCCAGUAAAUAAAAUAGCCACCUUUCAAGCUCCUAGUCAAGAAACUGAGGAACUUGAAGACAGUUUUGACUUUGGAAAUCAAGUGACUGAGCAGAUGUCAAAUAUCCCGGCGGCUACUGCAACCAUUAUACCUCCAUUCAAAGCUACUACUUCUAAUGGCUCACCGUUCUCCAAUAGAGCAGUGGAAGAACUCGAGGAAUUUCCAAUGCGACAGCCUGAGGUGACGCACAGAGCUUCAGUGCAACAGCGAAAACCAAUAAUCAAAUUGAGCUUCACGUCUCUAGGCAAAACCAACGGCAAGUAA